GCAAAACAUCAUAAAUAAGCUCUCAACAUAUUUAAUACAACUCAAAACAACCUUAUUAGAGAAUCUUAAACAGCAUAAAAAACAUUUACUAUUACGCCAAACGGAGAUCAAAGUUCAUUAUCUAAAUAGCCGCGUCACGGCAAGAGAGCUGCCGUCUUAUCAUCGUCAUCAAUGACUGAUGAAAUCACAGACAUAACGAUAUCGUAAGGCAAAGUGAACGAAUUAGUUUUGCCUGGUUAUUUAACUCACCAACAGCAAGGCGACAAAUCCAAAUAACCACAAAAAUGAAAGUCCAAAGAAGUCUCCUUAAACUGGGCCAACAGAUGACGACGGUCGUGCGUCACUCCAGCACUAAUGGUAAUGGUCAAUGUAAUCCACUCAAAGUGCUAACCAAACAUUAUGAAGAAAUCUCGAUUCCUGUACCCUGGGGUCACAUAUCGGGCAAAUGGUAUGGUCCCAAGCAUGUGCGUCCCAUAGUGGGCAUGCAUGGCUGGCAGGAUAAUGCAGGAACCUUUGAUACUUUGGCUCCGCUGCUGCCAUCCCAUUUAUCCUUUUUAAGUAUAGAUGCUCCGGGACAUGGUCUGUCUUCGUGGUUGCCGCCAGGAAUAUCCUAUCACUCAAUUGAUUACGUUCUACUCAUACGACGACUUAUGGAUGAAUAUAACUGGGAUAAAAUCACAAUGAUGGGACAUUCCAUGAGCUCAAUUAAUGGUUUUGUCUUCAGCGCCCUGUUUCCCGACAAAGUGGAUAUGUUUAUUGGCUUAGAUGUCCUUAAGCCACCCAUACGCAGUGCCAGGCAUAUUGUGGAUGCUCUUAGUGAACGCUUGGAAGGCACUCUGAAGCUGGAGAAACGCUUGCAAAGUAACAAAGAGCCACCCGCCUAUGAUUGGGAUCAAUGUGUGACACGUUUGCAUGAGGGAUCCAACAAAUCCGUGUCCCUGGAUGCAUGCAAAUAUCUGCUGCAACGAAACUUGAAGCCAUCUACUCACGAGCCACAUAAGUAUUACUUUUCAAGGGACAACCGACUGAAGAAUUCCCUCUUCUACACUCUGCACUUGGAUGUACCCCUGGUGAUGGCUGGACGCAUCAAGUGUCCACAUUUAUUCAUUAAGGCCCUGCAGGCUCCUUACUAUGAGAAAAAGGAAUACUACGAUGCUACAUUAGUCGAACUUAAAAAGAAUCCUCUAUUUGAAUACUACGAAGUGGAUGGCACACACCAUGUCCAUCUGAAUGAACCAGAGAAAGUGGCACCGAUAAUAAAUUCGUUUAUCAAUAAGUAUCGACCCUUAUGAGAUAGGGUUCCAUUGGACCUAGAUAUAUAAAAUUAGUUGAAAUGCCAUUAAAUUGAUAUUUUGUAACUAAAUACUUCUAAAAUUGAAAUGUACCAAUCUGUUUGUCUAAUGUAGAACAUUACUUAACAAAUCUAGACCCAAUUUACAGACAUUCGUUCGACUUAUAUUAGGUAAAAGUAAAUUUUAACCAGUGUUUGAUCGACAUAAAAAUGAUCGUGUUUUAUAUAAGAAUGCCCAUGAUAUGCUAAUUAUCGUAAUGCUUAUAUAUUCCUAACGUAAAAUCCAAUAAAGUUAUUUAUUUUCUAUCCUA